GGCCCACUAAGAAGAACCCAAUUUGGGCCCAUAUUCUGAGAGUAUCUUGCUCGAACAUAAACGGAAGCUUACAUUUGCCUCCUAACCGGUUUUAUUUUGUUUCAUUUUAUUUUAACAACCUCCAUGAACCGGUACCGGUUUUUUUCCACAAUCAUAUACCCUUCCCCAAAACCGCCACCAGAUAAAUUCCUAAACCUCUGUUCUCACGGCCUCAUCACCGAAGCAUUCAAAACCUUCAAUACAUACAUAUAUAACGACCCAUCUCUAUACUCUUACCUCCUCAAAUCAUGCAUACAAACCCACUCACUCUCACUCAUUCACCAGCUCCAUUCUCUAAUAAUCACAUCCGGGUGUUCAUCCACCCGCUUUGUCACCAACCACCUCCUCAAUGCGUACGUCAAGUUUGGCCAAUCAAAGAUUGCAGUCAAGCUGUUCGACGUAAUGCCCAAGAGAAAUAUCAUGUCUUGCAACAUUUUGAUUGGUGGGUUUGUGCAAAGUGGGGAGUUGGAUAACGCACGUAAGGUGUUUGAUGAAAUGCCUGAGAGAAAUAUCGCGACGUGGAAUGCGAUGGUUGCGGGUUUAACGGAUUUUGAACGUAACGAAGAGGCUUUGAGGCUUUUGUAUGAAAUGCGUGUUUCGGGUUUUUACCCGGAUGAGUUUACUCUUGGCAGUGCUCUUCGAGGUUGUGCGGGUUUAAGAAGUUUGAAUGCGGGCCGGCAGAUUCACGCGUAUGCGGUUAAAUAUGGGUUGGAAGUUAACGUGGUUGUCGGGAGUUCACUCGCCCACAUGUAUAUCAAAUCCGGACAUCUAGCAGAAGGCGAAAACGUGAUCAAAUCGAUGCCGGUUCAUAGUGUAGCCGUUUACAACACAUUGAUCACCGGUAGAGCUCAAAGCGGAUGUAACGAAGAAGCGUUAAACCAAUACCACAUAAUGAAACUAUCGGGAUUCAAACCGGAUAAAAUCACGUUUGUAACCGUUCUCAGUUCGUGUUCACAGCUAGCAACACUCGGUCAAGGUCAACAGAUUCACGCCGAAGCGAUAAAAUCGGGUGCGACUUCGUCGGUUUCCGUCCUUAGCUCGUUAAUCAGCAUGUAUUCGAGAUGUGGGUGCUUUAAAGAUUCGUUAAAAUCAUUUUCCGAAACUAAAACCCAUGACGUUGUUCUAUGGAGUUCGAUGAUCGCAGCGUACGGGUUUCACGGGAUGGGAAAAGAAGCGGUCGAGUUAUUUAACCAAAUGGAAAACGAAGGGUUAGAACCGAACGAUGUUACGUUCUUGAGUUUACUUUACGCUUGCAGUCACUGCGGGUUAAAAGAUCAAGGGAUCAAGAUAUUUGAUUUAAUGACGGAAAAAUAUAAAAUACCCCCGCAACUAGAACAUUACACAUGCGUCGUCGAUCUACUUGCGCGUUCGGGUCGUUUACAGGAAGCGGAAAACGUAAUUAGAACCAUGCCCGUUAACGUGAAGGCGGAUUCUAUUAUAUGGAAAACGUUAUUAUCCGCUUGUAGAAUAUACAAAAACGCUGACAUGGCGAAAAGAAUCGCGGAAGAAGUCAUACGGGUGGACCCACAUGAUUCAGCAUCAUACGUUUUACUAUCGAACAUACAAGCGUCCGCUAAAAAAUGGCACGAUGUGUCGGAUUUCCGAAAGGCGAUGAGAGAUAUGAGAGUGAAAAAGGAACCGGGUGUAAGCUGGUUCGAGAUGAAGAAUCAAGUUCAUCAGUUUUGUAUGAGCGAUAAAUCGCAUCCGGAUUCAGAAAAGAUUAAACUUUAUUUAAAAGAAUUGACGGGCGAGAUGAAGUUGUUGGGUUAUAAGCCCGAUUAUGGAUCCAUUUUGCAUGAUAUGGAUCUUGAGGAAAAGGAAGAUGAUUUGGGUCAACAUAGUGAGAAGUUGGCGAUCGCUUUUGCGUUGAUGAACACUCCGGAUUGUGUUCCGAUUAGGAUUAUGAAGAAUUUACGAGUGUGUAAUGAUUGUCAUGUGGCGAUUAAGUAUAUAUCGGCGAUAAAGAAGCGGGAGAUUAUCGUUCGCGAUGCUAGUAGAUUUCAUCAUUUUAAAGAUGGUCAAUGUUCAUGUGGAGAUUACUGGUAAGAUGUUAUAAUUAUUAUUCAAUUAUUGCUGUAUGUUUCAUUUGUUUCCAUGAUUCUGUAGGUUAAAAUUCUUGUUUGUAGUUAAAAUUCUUGUUUGUAAGCUUUGUUUAAAUUUUUGUUUGGAUGGUUCAUUAGGCAGCAUGUUUGGUUCACAGGAUGAAAUCUGAGAAAU